CUUGUACGAAAGACAAAUUCUUUGCUAAAUAAAAAAAGCUGUAAACGACGGCAGGAGGGGAGGGUGAGCAUGGUGAAGCCACCAAGCAGAGCAGUUGUGAAAGGGGUGAGCAAGAAGCUCCUAUCUGAGCUCUUGGUUUGUCCCCUCUCGAAGCAACCACUCAGGGAAUGCGGUGAAUCCAACGCUCUCAUAAGUGAUGCUCUUGGCGUUUCUUAUCCUGUAGUUAAUGGCAUUCCUCACUUGGUUCCAAAGGAUGGGAAGCUUCUCGAUACACAUAAUGAUGUGGAAUCAGAUGAUCUCUCGACAUCGGCUGUUCUGAACCACAAAGUGCAAGAUGACCAUUGAUAGAAUUGGGGACUAAGGAGUAACAAUCGCAUGCUGAGGCCAUUACUAAAAUCUUUCUGUUUUUCUGCAAAGUAGUGCUUCUUCUUGUCAUUGUAGCCUUUAAUUGUAUACUGUUUUUUUGUACCUUGAAUUGUAAACAUUUGCAUCUUUAAUUUAGAGCUUGAUUGGAACUGCAUUUGUUUUUCACUAA